AUGAUUAACGAUUAUUUCUAUGCUGGUUACCCCGAGGUGGAUAACUUGGUGCAAGAAAUGCUAGCCACAAAUCCCGAAGAACGUCCGACUGCAGACAAGGCUAUGGAGCGGCUCAACAACUUUUUACUUCUAUGGGUGCCUCGAGAUCCUGAGGGAUUGCAAGUAUUACAAUUCUCAUGA